GCCGGAACUGCCCGGAUAGCCUCUGCUUAGCGCAGAGCUGUGUUGCCCCGGAGCGAGCCUAGCCGCUGGCGAGUCUCUGGGGCUGAGCUCUGCGCCCUGAGGAGUUCCCCCUGCAGCCUCGGGCAUGAAGAGAUCUUUGUAGCGUUCCGGACCGUGGACGUUUUUAUCAGGUUUGGUGCGUAAAAAGGUUCCUGUCAGUGGGGGAGGCGUAAAGAGAUCCUCCCAUCGUCUAGGGAAGGCGGCUUGUUGUUGCUGCCUUUCUGACCCUGUAAAGCUUCAAAACUGGCACGGCGCAAAACGAUCCAACCCGCUGUGAAGAUGGCCUCGGUGCCUGUGUAUUGCCUCUGUCGACUGCCUUACGAUGUGACCCGCUUCAUGAUCGAGUGUGACAUGUGCCAGGACUGGUUUCACGGCAGUUGUGUUGGUGUUGAGGAGGAGAAGGCUGCUGAUAUUGAUCUGUACCAUUGCCCCAACUGUGAAGUCUUACACGGACCCUCCAUUAUGAAAAAACGUCGUGGAUCUUCCAAAGGACAUGAUAAUCACAAGGGUAAACCAUUGAAGACUGGGAGCUCCAUGUUUAUCCGAGAACUACGGGGUAGGACUUUUGACAGCUCAGACGAAGUGAUUCUGAAACCCACUGGAAGUCAGCUGACAGUGGAAUUCUUGGAAGAGAAUAGCUUCAGCGUGCCUAUCCUCGUCUUGAAGAAGGAUGGCUUGGGGAUGACAUUACCCUCUCCAUCAUUCACUGUGAGGGAUGUGGAGCACUAUGUUGGUUCUGACAAAGAGAUUGAUGUGAUUGAUGUGGCCCGCCAGGCUGACUGCAAAAUGAAACUUGGUGAUUUUGUCAAAUACUAUUACAGUGGGAAGAGGGAAAAAGUCCUCAAUGUCAUUAGUUUGGAAUUCUCUGAUACCAGACUUUCAAACCUUGUGGAAACACCCAAGAUUGUUCGAAAGCUGUCGUGGGUGGAGAACUUGUGGCCGGAGGAAUGUGUCUUUGAGAGGCCCAAUGUGCAGAAGUACUGCCUCAUGAGUGUGCGGGAUAGCUAUACAGAUUUUCACAUUGACUUUGGUGGGACCUCAGUUUGGUAUCAUGUGCUUAAGGGUGAGAAGAUCUUCUACCUGAUCCGCCCAACAAAUGCUAAUCUGACUCUCUUUGAGUGCUGGAGCAGCUCCUCUAAUCAGAAUGAGAUGUUCUUUGGUGACCAGGUGGAAAAAUGCUACAAGUGUUCUGUGAAGCAAGGACAAACACUGUUUAUUCCUACAGGGUGGAUACAUGCUGUGCUAACACCAGUGGACUGCUUAGCUUUUGGAGGGAACUUUUUACAUAGCCUUAACAUUGAAAUGCAGCUCAAGGCCUAUGAAAUUGAGAAGCGGCUGAGCACAGCAGACCUUUUCAAGUUUCCUAACUUCGAGACCAUCUGUUGGUAUGUGGGAAAACAUAUUCUGGACAUCUUCCGAGGCUUACGAGAGAACAGGAGACAUCCUGCCUCCUACCUGGUCCAUGGUGGUAAAGCUCUGAACUUGGCCUUUAGAGCCUGGACAAGGAAAGAAGCUCUGCCAGACCAUGAGGAUGAGAUCCCAGAGACAGUGCGGACUGUACAGCUCAUUAAAGAUCUGGCUAGGGAGAUCCGCCUGGUCGAAGACAUCUUCCAACAGAACGUUGGGAAGACGAGCAAUAUCUUUGGGCUGCAGAGGAUCUUCCCAGCCGGUUCCAUCCCCUUAACCAGGCCAGCCCAUUCCACUUCAGUAUCCAUGUCCAAGCUGUCACUGCCUUCCAAAAAUGGUUCAAAGAAGAAAGGCCUGAAGCCCAAGGAUAUCUUCAAGAAGGCAGAACGAAAGGGCAAGCAGAGUUCAGCCUUGGGGCCUGCUGGCCAGUUGAGCUAUAAUCUCAUGGACCCAUACAGUCAUCAGGCACUGAAGACAGGCCCUUCCCAGAAAGCAAAGCUCAACAUUGGUGGUGCCUGCUUGAAUGACUCAGAUGAUGACUCAGCAGACAUGGACGUUGAUGGCAGUGAGAACCCCCUGGCCCUGUUGAUGGCUAAUGGCAGUACAAAGAGGAUGAAGAGUGCAUCCAAGUCUCGAAGAGCCAAAAUUGCGAAGAAGGUAGACAGUGCAAGACUGGUAGCAGAACAGGUCAUGGGGGAUGAAUUUGACUUGGACUCAGAUGAUGAGCUACAGAUUGAUGAGAGACUGGGAAAGGAAAAGGCGAACCUGUUAAUGAGAUCAAAAUUUCCCCGGAAAUUGCCCCGUGCAAAACCUUGCUCUGACCCCAACCGAAUUCGUGAACCUGGAGAAGUUGAGUUUGACAUUGAGGAGGACUAUACAACAGAUGAGGACAUGGUGGAAGGGGUUGAAAGCAAGCUUGGUAAUGGGAGUGGAGCUGGUGGAAUUCUUGAUCUACUUAAGGCCAGCAGGCAGGUCGGGGGACCUGACUAUGCUGCCCUCACUGAGGCCCCAGCCUCCCCCAGCACACAAGAGGCCAUCCAGGGCAUGUUAUGUAUGGCCAACCUGCAGUCCUCAUCAUCCUCACCAGCUACCUCCAGUCUGCAGGCUUGGUGGACCGGAGGGCAAGACCGAAGCAGUGGGAGCUCCAGCAGUGGGCUGGGCACUGUGUCUAAUAGUCCUAUUUCCCAGCGCACCCCAGGAAAGCGGCCCAUCAAGAGGCCAGCAUACUGGAAAAACGAGAGUGAGGAGGAAGAGAAUGCCAGUAUGGAUGAACAAGACAGCUUGGGAGCAUGCUUCAAGGAUGCUGAGUAUAGUAAGAACAUGCUAGAAUAUUAGACUAGAUCAAAAGAGUUCCCUUUAGCCUAGUAUCAAUCCUAAUUAUAAGAGAAAACAGCCUGUGAUGAACACAGGUCUCAACCUUAAGCUAGAUACUUACUUUAUUCUGAGCCAUGUUUUCUUGCUCUGUAAAAUGGCAGUUAUCUGUAUCCCAUAAGCUGUUGUAAGAAUUAGAGAUUAUGCUUAUACCAAGCAUUAGGCCCUUAGUGCCUUACUCAUGGCAAGUCCUCCCUUGUAGUAUAUAGUUCUCUUACAGCUGUCAUCUGGUUUUGGUACUAUUUAUGUUUCACUUUAGCAAACUUAUUUCCUCUCUUAUUUGACUGCUAUCAUCUGUAUUUUUUAGUGUUCUAUGUUAAUUCAUUUCUUGCAAAGGUAUAUACCAUCAGCUCUCCAUAGCUGAGUGUUCCAUAUCCCAUUGUUUCAUCCAUAGAUCAAAAGUAUGUGGAAAAAUUACAUCUGUAUCUCACAUGUACAGACUCUUCUUUCCAUUUUCCUCUGACUCGUAUAGUACCACUAUUUAUAGUCAAAGUAAAUGACGAAGGGCAUGGAGUAUACACAAGUACAAUAGUAAGGAACUUAAAAGCACACAUGGUUUUUGGUUGAUGAAGGAGGACACUCUGAAAUCAGUUCCCUUAAAGUAUCAAUGGAAAACUGAAAUGACCUUUAUUGAACUUUACAUAUUUAAGAAACAAACCCUAAAAUAUGAUUUUGUAAUAUAAUGAAUAAAGCACUGAUUUAUAUAAUGUAGGUCAUGAUAAUGUUAAUUUUUUUUACUGUUUUCAAAAUUAUAUAAACGUAAUUUUCAUUGACUGAGACAAAAAAAACUAGAGAAAGCCAAAAUUCUUUAGACCUGAUACUUUUCUUUCUGAGCAUAUUUUCUUUUCAUUGUGUUCAUACAACUUACAUGUAAACAUAUAGACAGAGUAUAGUUUUGUUUAAUAUGUAUGGCUCUACAGUUUGCUUGGAUAUCUUUCAACAUCAGUACAUGGAGAUCUGUUUCAAUGCAUACAGGUUUGUUUGCUGCAAACUAUUCUGCAACAUCACAAUGCUUAUUCCUUUCUCUAUUUGACAUUUAGGUUGUUCUUAACUUUCUUUUUAUUGCAUUGAAAAUUCUUGCAAUAAGCUUUUAUGUCUAUUUUGCCAGGAAAUGUCUCUCUAGAAUAGGAAAACUUGUUGAAGUUUGUAUAUAAGAUACAUAUUGAUAGUGUCAAGCUAUGUUUCAAAAGGAUCAGUUUAUGAAUAGUGUAUGAGAAAUACCUUUUCCCUUUCAUUCUUAUAGUCAAUGGAUAUUGUGAACUAUUUAAGUUCUGUAACUAAAGGUGGUGCUUGGUUCUUUGUUUUAUAUAUUUGUUGGCCCUCUGUUCAUUUUCUCUGAGCUAUCUGUU